AUGACAGAAUAGCAACCAUAAUCUCAAAAACCCUAAUCAAUAUUUGAUAAAAUUAUACCCCCAACCGAUUAGUUAACAUUGACUUUAAAAAUACAUGGAGUAUAUAGUUUUCCUGAAGAAUGGAAAACUACCGACGAAGCAAAUCCUAACUUAUUUACAUACACAAUAAAAGCUUUUAACGGUUUGGAAUGCCCAGAAGGCAAGGUUCACAAUCGAGAAUAAACCGAGAAAGAGUUAAAAGAGUAAGAAGAAGCAUUAUUAGCAAAAUAAUAAAAAAAGACAGCAAAAAAAGGAAAAGAUGCUCCCCCUCCAGAGCCUGUAUUAACAGAAGAAGAGCAAGAAUUAAUUCGAAAAGCAAAAGAAUUAGAAGAAUAAGAAGAAAAGAAAAGAUAAGAAGAAUGGAAUGCUUUGGAUGAAUAAACACGUUAUUUUUUAACUUAAGAAGAUAAAUAUAAAUGUCCUUGGAUAAACUGGGAAAAAAGCGAAUGUUCAUUGCAAAAAUAAGGAUUAUAGUUAGUAGUUUUAGAAGAAAGGGUUUUUGAUGAAAAAGGAGAGUACAUUUAUUUUAUGAAAUAUCCUACUUUAACCGAAGAAGAAUUGGUGAAAAUUAAAAAGUCGAAACCUAAAAAUCUAAAUUUAAUUGACCUUAAUCCUAUUUUGAUGAGAGCCUGGGUUGAUUUAUCUGAAUUUUAGAAUCCAGGCACUAUUACUAUUACUUAAAGAUGUUUUAUUUAAUAGGUAUUACCUGAAUCUGAAGUUGAAAGUUCGGUGUUGCCAAAACCAAAUCUUUAAAAGUGUUAUUUGAAAAUCACAUUAUUAGUUGAUAAAGCAAUAUCUCCUUUAAUUAAUGAAAUAUAACCCACAGUGAAAGAUGUAAUUGCAAAACCACCCCCGAUUCCAUAAAUGCCUCCUUAAAAAUAAUAUGGAAAAUAUAAAAUACUAAAAGAAAGACUUAAAAAGUCAAUUCUGAAAAUUUGUAGAGAUAAAUUUGGAAAAACAGGCUCAAUUACUGGCAUUACUACUGAUUAUAAAGACUAAUUUUAUAGUGAAUUAUAUGUUUUUUUGAUGGAAUAAACUAGAUAAACACUUACUGAUUUAAUAGAGUAAAAAAAAGAAGAACUUCAUGAAGAUAUUAUUACUAGUUAUGACUAAAGUUUGAAAGAAAGAGAUAGAACUUUAUUUAAUAUUACUAAAGAAAGUGAAACUGAGAAAUUAAUUAGGUUAGCUGAAGAAUGUGAAAUCGGUAAUUUAAUUGACCGUGCAGAGGAGAAUUUGAGAAGUUUAGUCUCAAUUAAUAAACGAGAUCACGUUUCAUUUUUCGCAUAUACGAAAUUUUUAUUAAAAAAUAAUUAAUAAUCAAAAGCUGAAGAAAUGAUGGAAAAAACACUUUCAUUUGAUAUUCAAAAUGAAGAUUAUUAAUUACUUAUGGCAUGCAUUUUUCUUAGAAAAAAUAAAUUUAAAGAAUCUUUGCUUAUAAUUAAAGGACUAUUAUAAAAAGAUACAAAUUCGAUUCUUUUUAAUAUCUUGACUUCUAUUAUUUAUUAAAAAUGGGCUAAUGAUUAAUAGUUAGCUGAAAAAUACAAAAAAAUCACUGAAAGAAUUCAAUUAAGAAAUCUUGAUAUUUUAUAAUAAAAGUAUAAUUAUUAAUUACAUCCGUAUCCUUAUGAGAUUCCUCCUUUUAAAAACUCAUAAUUAAAUACUAAUGUUUAUGAUGGGCCUUCACUUAAUAAUGAAUAAUGGGAUUAAAUUUAUUUAUAAGUAAUUGAUUAUCUAUCAAAAAAUAAUCUUUUCGAUUUGGUAGAAAAAUGCUUGGAUUAUAUACAUUAAAAAAAUUAAGAUAAAAUUUAACUUAUAAAUUGUUAAUUAGAAUAAUUUAAAGGAAGGUAUGAAUAAUGUAAGCUUAUUGUUAAUUAAAUUCUUGAAAUUAAUUCAAAAAAUUUUGAAGUUUUAAUGUUAAAAGCUCAUAUUUGUUUUAUUUCAAAUUCAUUAGAUGAAUGUGAGCAAAUAUUACUUAAAGUUUUAAAAAUCAAAAAUCAAAAACUUUUAGAAUAAUAUAGUCCUGUAAUAUUUUAUAGAUUAGGAUAUAUUUAUAUUUAAAAAAAAAAUUUCGCCAAUGGAAAAGCAGUAUUUGCAAGAGCUAUUGAAAUAAAACCGAACUCAAGUCUUUCGUGGUUAGGUUUAGGAAUAUGUAACUUAAGGAUUAAUUAAAUGAAAGAAGCUGAAGAAGCUCUUUCUUAAGCUAAUAUUUAUGAUCCAUAAAAUGCAGAUGUUUGGGGUUAUUUAGCAUUAAUGUGUUUAUUAAAUGGUGGUAGAUUUACUAUGGUUAAUUAAGCCCUACGAGAAAUGUUAAAAUGUGAAUUAAAAAAUAAAUUACUUUUAGAAGAAAUUAGUGAUGAGUUAGUUAAAAUUAAGCAAUUUUAAACUGCUCUUUAAAUUUAUUUUAAAGUAUUAGAAAUACUUGAAGAAAAGCAUGAAGAAAUGGAAUUUUAUGCUUAAAUUAAUUGCAAAAUUGGUAAGGUUUAUAUUGAUUUGUAAAGAAAUUAAGAGGCACUUCAUUAUUUUGAAGAAGCUAGUAAGUUCCUAAGUGGAGAAGGAUUAAAAUAAGUUAAAGCAUUAAUUGAAUAAACUAAAAAUUUUGGAUAUUGA